CUCCUGCCGGGAAUGAGCGCUCAGAGCCCGGCUGUCGGUGUGAUGUCUGCCCGCUGAGCUCCACUAUGCCGCGGGUCCGGCAGUUGUGAUGAAGCCGUCCUACGAGUCCUACUCUCCGCUCUUUCUCUUCUUCGUCCCUGCAGAAGAUGCUGGCUGGCGGUUAGUUCCAACUUCGGACACCGUGGGGUAUUUUUUCCUCGGAGAAGCGCACUGAAAUCAGAAGCAUCUAGUGGCAGCUCCUCUUGUCCAGAAGCCCGUCAACAAGCCUCAGUUUUUAUGCCUUGGUGAAUGUGGAGCAGGAAAGGUUUCCAAAAGAAGAGCAACUCGCUUACAUACUUCUGGGUCUUCUAGUUGUUUUACAUAGAGUGAAUCAUGAAUGUGAUGCACCAUGGCGGUCCGUUAAAUUUGAGGAUUCCACCGGGUGUUAAUUGCUUAUUCCUGAGAGCAGUCCUGAGAUGACGGAAGUGGAGCCCGUGUUGGACUUUGCCACCUCGGGUCGGUCGGGCAGGAGGAACGCUCUGCCCGACAUCCUGGGGUCUCCGGCAGGCGUAAACCCCGGAGACCUGCCUCUGAAGCUGGCAGAGAUGACCCUCAAAGAUGGUCCUGGAGGGGCCCAGUCCCCGACGGCGGAGGGGCCUCCAGCGCCGCCGGAGGGCUCGGAGGGGAACGAGGGAUCGUAGGGAAGCUGGUUUAUUUUUUCUUCCCCGGAGACCUGUAGAGAUUACCUGAGCGACGGGACGAGUUACAGAGGGCGACCCGAGGGGUGAUCCGUGGAGAGUCGGACUGUUUGAGAAGCAGCUGAGCUCCACGGGAGAAACAGAAACCCCCCCGAGGACCAGCACUCCAGGCGACACUUAGCUAUGACCCAGUGAGAGUGUGUGUGUGUGUGUGUGUGUGUGUGUGUGUGUGUGUGUGUGUGUGUAGGACACUGAGAAUCAAAGGUGCCAUGACAGAUUGUACACUAUUUUUGUAUGAUUUAUGUAAGAGAAAGCAGACGCUGUGUUCCUGCUGUUUUUUCUAGUGGUGUGUGUUCCUUUACAUUGAGCUGGAUGCUAGAUUAGAUUUAAGGAAACUGGGAAUCUCUUGUGUCGUCUCUGCGUUUUACACCACAUGUGUUCGAUCUACUGUGUGUUUUACAAUCUGAGCUGUUGUACAGUAUAUCUACGUGUUAAAUGGACAGUUUUUACCCAUCACUGCAGACUGUUUUUGAUCCCAUAACAGGGAUUCAACCCAUUUUUUCAAGGUGAAUACUCUUAAUCUUGAGACGUUUCUUUAGAGCGUAGUGCCCCACUGCCAGUCGUAUGCACCCUGAUCAUUAUCACACAGAGAAAUGGCAAAUUUCCUUAAUUUCAAACCUCUGACAAUGUGCCUGGUGGCAGCUCACAACCCUGAACGUGUGUUGUGUUCUUUCUCUGUGAAGAUCUGUUCCUAACCUCCUCAGUUUUAAUAGGAGGUUUCAUCUUAAAGUGUAAAUAAAAAGAUACAAAAAAAUACACUUUUCUAACUUCUGCAGAUCCUACAUUUGUCAGGAAAUUAAACUUAAACUUCGGCAGGGCUUUUUUUCCAGCAGCAUAUGUCCGCCGGACUGAACUCGAGAGGGAGCGACACGAACAAGAAAAAUGUGUUUGGAGUCACCGAGAAAAAAACCCAGAAAUGGCAGCACAGUCGCCUUCUGCCUCUCAGCACGGAGAGCGUGUUCACACUCAUCAACACACACACACAGAGCUGUGAAGAGAGAGAGUCACUGUUACUGUAUAUAAACUGUGUGGUAGUGCAACCCGUGUGUGUCUGUGUGUGUGUGUGUGUGUCUGUGUGUGUGUGUGUGUCAUACACAGUGGUGGAAUGUAACUGACUUCAUGUACUUGAGUAUUCCAUUUGAUGCUACUUCAUACUGCCGACUCCACUGCGUUUCAUACUCCGACUCCACCUUUCAGCUGCUUCUCGUGAUAACAGACAUCCUGCUCUCGGAUCGCAGCAACAUCAAUCAGGGCAAAUAUUAAGAGACCAAUUCAAAUCCACUGAAGUCAACAAGAGCCUUUAACGUCCCGUGCACAAAGAGUCCUUCAGUGUAACUUUAUUAAACCUUGAUUUGAUUGUAGGAAUUAGAACCUGAAAAUACUCGACAUGCUGAUAUGUGAUGAAGUACUGUACUCUAAUCAACCCACUAUUUAGAAGGAUCUAAAAUUGGCUCCACAUUAAAAUGCUCCUAAACCUGAUUCUGAUUCAGGUACCAUAAUGAAGUUUAAUUUUUACUUUACUUGAGUAUUUCCACUUAAUCCUACCUUAUAUUUCAGGGGCAAGUAUCACACUGUUUCUCCACUACAGUCCCUAGUUAAGUACAUACAAAAAUGUGAUAGAAUCGUAUUUAUAGCACCUUUCAUGCAAACAAAAUGCACCUCAAAGUGCUUAAGAACUAAUUGAAUCAACCAGUAUGUUAACAUUUUUCUUUUAAGCAAUACAGGGAAAUACACAAGAAAGAUCUUAAUCAAAUAAGAGUAAAAAGUAAAAUCAGAGUUAUAAAAUAUACUAUCAAAGCCAGAUUUAUGUUAAAAAACGAAAUAUUUAGAAUGCAGUACUGUACUUAAAAUCAACCCAGUUAUGAAGUAAAUAAAAUUGGUACCACAUUAAAAACUACAACUCUUCAAGUACAUGUACUAUAUAAUAUCUUAUAGUAACAUAUUACUGUGAAACAGGGCUAAUCUGCCUAGCAACACCUUUAAACGUUGAUGCUUAAAUGGCUUUUACCUGACAAUUUCAGGACUUGUGUUGGAGUAUUUUAAGAGGCAUUUGUUUGACUGGUUCAACAUUUACAAACUACAAUAUGUAAUGCUCAUACAGUACUUGUAUUUGUGAGGGAUAAAAACAGAACAAUAUAAUAUUCUAUAAUAAUAUUUUACUGUGAAACAGAGCUAAUCUGCCUAGCGACACCUUUAUGUUGAUGCUUUAAUUAACCUGAUUAUACUGUUGUUUCAGGACACGUAUUGGAGUAUUUUAAGACUGUAGUAUUUCUUUGACUGGUUCAACAUUUACAAACUACAAUAUUAAAUACUCUUACAGUACCUGUGUUUGUGAGGAAAAAACAGAGUGAUAUAGUACUGCAAAAAGAGUCAUUCUGCAUAACGAGAACUCUUACUUGUCUGUGUUUUUUAUGGAUUUCAGGACGUGUAAUGGAGUAGUUUUAGACUGUAGUAUUCCUGAAGUAAAGGAGUAUAUUUCCACCACUGGCCAUGCAGUACACGCAGUACUUCUCCUCAUCCUGUACUCAGAGGAAAGCUGUCCUGUAGUCGUCUCUCUGUGAAGCUGUAUUGGUGGACGUGUCUUUCUGUGGAUGUUUCACGAUGCAAAGCCUGGAGUGCUGCUCUGUUUCUGAUGCUGUACUUCUACUGCUGAGGAAGUUUUAUCAUACAGGAUAUAUAACAUUUAUCUGGGGGGGAAGGGUUGGUGAGUCAGAGGUGUAUUUUGUAGUGACCCUGAUCUCUGAGUGGUGCGUUUAUUUUACUUAGCUGGACUGA